CUCAAAACUUAUUAACAGGAUAUCUUUAUUUCUUACUUUCGUCAUUAACAGAACAGUGUUGUACAUCCAACAUUACAAACAAAACCGUUCUUAUCAGGGAUACGGUCAGAGCAUUAAAAUAAGGAUAUAUACAAAGACAAUCGACACAAACAGAAAAAUAAAUUAAUAAAAUAAAACAGUACACUAUCUGCUCAAUGCUAUGUACCGCUGUAUGUGUAAAGUCUCAAAUCGUGUUGUCAUAUCAAAGUUCUUGUCUGUUUCUCCUUAUGAAUGUGGAAUUUUCCCACUAAUAGCCUAAAAGUGGUAAAAAAAGGUAAAACGGAUCUACUCACACAACAUUUCCGUAGGCCCUGUCGAAUCUAACCCGUUAGCAUAUUUCUUUUCUUGGAUAGAUUCGAUGCAAAAUUCUGAAGGAAACGUUUUUAUUACCCACUGAUUACAUUUUACAUUAUUAUUAGGGUACCAACAACAUGUAUCACUAUUUAACUAGAAUAUAUAUUAAUUAAGUUCUCCAUAUCGAAAAGCUCAGAAAGAUCAGUUAGAGUAACAUUUCGUAUGAUAUUCUGAUAUAUUUAUUUGAGAAUAUAUUCUUCCUAAUAUAUAGUUUCUCCAAGAAAUAAACGGCGCCCUGGUCUGUAGUCAUCAAUUUCCCAUGACCCUAUAUAUUUCCGUUCCUGCGCACAGCUGCCCGGCUUCUUCACGGAGCGUCAGUGCCAUGACAACGGAUUUCUGUGUAAGCAAGCAGCACAAGCUUUCGGAUUUUACGGACUGGCUCGUGUACGUAACGAGGCAAUAUGUCCCUGUUCAAGGCUCGUGAGUGGUGGUCGGCAGUGCUUGGCGAGGGGGAGGAGUUUGACCAGGGGUGCCUGUGUAUUGGAGAUGUGGACAACAGUGGCACUGGACUUGACAAGGUGGUGGUGGGCAGCUACAUAGGGAUGCUGCGGAUUUUCUCCCCACAUGUCAGCAAGUCCGGUGAGGGGGGGUCGGCUGAUGCAAACCUUCUGGAAGUCCAGCUUCAAAAUGCCAUCAUCCAAGUAGAAGUGGGCAAGUUUGUCUCGUGUUCGGAACUUCUUCAUCUGGCUGUUCUCCACCCCAGGAAGCUGUCAGUGUACUCUGUUUCAGGCACCGCAGGCAACGUGGAACAUGGUUCUCAAUACCAACUGAAGUUGGUGUACCAACACAACCUGCAGAGGACGGCCUGUAACAUGACCUAUGGCACCUUUGGGGGAGUCACAGGCCACCACUCCCUGUGUAUCCAGUCAAUGGAUGGUAUGCUGAUGUUCUUUGAGCAGGAUAGCUACUCCUUCGGCAGGUUCCUCCCUGGUUUUCUCCUGCCUGGCCCACUGGUCUACAACCCCAGAACAGACAGCUUCCUCACUGUGUCCUCAGCACGCCAGCUGGAGAGCUACAAGUAUGAGACUCUGGCUGUAGCUACAGAGGCAGAGAGUCGACAGGAUCCUGACCUGCCCGUCAAGACUGGAGGCAAGAGGCUCAUGCCUGACUGGGUGUUUGUCCUGGGAGAACAGGCCCUGGAUCUCUCGGUGCCCUCCUUCUCUCACUCCUCCUCCUCCAUCUUCAUCCUGGGUGAGAGGAACCUCUACUGUGUUCGAGACAAUGGUCAGAUGCGCUUUAUGAAGAAGCUGGAGUUCAACCCCAGCUGCUUCAUGCCCUAUUCCACAGUGACAGAUGGCACAACCAGCAUGUUGCUUGGUAACCACACCAACAUGCUGCUGGUUUACCAAGAUGUGACACUGAAAUGGGUGGCCCAACUCUCCUUUGUGCCUGUGGCCAUUCGCGUCGCCAACUUCCUGGAGUUGAAGGGGCUGGUGGUCAGUCUGAGUUCUGAUGGCCACCUCUUGUGCUCAUACAUGGGUACGGACCCCACCUUUUUCUCCAUGCCCAAGGUUGACGCCAGGGAGGCUGACUAUGAGCAGAUGGAUGCCGAGAUGAAGAAGCUGCAGAAGAUCAUCAGAGAGGCCACGAGAACUCAGGACAUCCUGCCUAAAGCCGACAGUGAGACAGACCUGAUUGUUACAGCUGCUGUGUCCUCCAGCAUGGACAACCCAUCGCGAGCUCUGAUCCAAGACAUCAAUGGUCUGCCUGUCCCUUCAGUAAGCGUACAGGUGAAGGUGAAGGCCAGUUGUGUGGUACAGUCGUCUAAGCUGACGGUCGGCGUUCAGCCUCCUCUUGCUGUCACUCAGGACCAGUUCGUCCUGGAUCCCAUGGGUGUGGGUUCCUCUACAGUUGUGGCGUUUUCAGCUUUUCUCAAUGGCCGCUACCCCCCCGCUGACCUGACUGGAGAUAUCACAGUGUCCUACAGCUCACCAACAGGAGUUCCCAGGGUUCUCCAGUCCAGGUUCAGUCUUCCCCUGGCGCUGGUUUGUGCCCCUUCCUCUCCAGCCAAAACCACAAAGUUUAAGAUCACUGUGGACACCAACCAGCCACCGGUCGACCUCAAAUCCAUAUUCCCAGCAUGCUCAGCUAAAUCAGAAGAUAAGGAUGGGAAUAGCUUGGCUUUCCAGUUUCUGUCAGGAGCCAGUGUUACUGUACUGGCCUCCAAGACCUCCCAGCGUUAUCGUAUUCAGAGUGACAGUUUUGAGGACAUGUGGUUGGUGGUGAAGGAGUUGGUUCAGAGGUUCGACCAGCAUUUUUCCAAAGUGGGAGUGAAGGACUUCAAGAAAAGCUUCAGUGGACCACUCCCGCUGCAGGAGUACUUCCUGUGUGUAGACCACCACUUCCAGCUGCGUGUCAAUGCUCAGCAGUACCAGGACCUGCUGUCAGAGCGAGCCGUCCAGUUCAGAGCCAUCCAGCGCCGCUUGCUGACUAGAUUCAAAGACAAAACCCCGGCACCCCUGCAGAACCUGGACACACUUCUUGACGCCACUUACAGCCAGGUGAUGGCGCUGGCGGAGGCCGCAGAGGAGAACCAGGUGCUGCUGGGGGAGGCGUUUGUUCGUCUGCAGAGCGCCACACACCUGCUGGUGCUGCUGCUGUCGCUGUGGCAGGGCUUGACCUCCGACCAGACAGUCAUCCUGGAGGCCACGCUGCUGCCACUGCUGCAGGAUACACCACAGCUGGGCUGGGAGGAGAGCUGCGAUGCCGCUGUCUCCCACCUCCUGCGGAGCUGCUUGUCGCGGAGCCCCAAGGACCAGGCCACAUCUCUGGCCCAGGCAGGAGGCCCUGUGCUCGGCCUCCCACGUGACACCACCCGCCUUAAAAAGCACAUCACCCUGCUUUGUGAUCGCAUCGGCAAGGGGGGCCGCCUCACCCUGGCCUCCGAGGCCAACGUCCAGGUCCCCGUCCAGGUCCAGAGCCUAGCUGCACCAGGGGGAGUGGAGCCCAUUGCGGAGGUGGCUGCUGAUGAGGAGGAGCUGGAGCUUCUGCAGGAGGCGACCAAGUUCAUCAAGAAGAAACAGCCCCAUAAGAAAGUCAAGAAAGAUAAGGACUCCAGAGAGAAAAUGGACAUGUCUGAGGAGCCAUCGGAGGCCACAGUGAAAGAAGUAGCAGGAGGUGCAGAGGAGCCUGUCAAAGAGGAGUCAAAGAAGGAUCCACACAAAGAGGCCAGAGAUCCCAGGGAGGAGGUGAAAAAAGACUUCAAGAAAGAAUCAUCCUUCUCCAAGGAGAAGAAGGAGAAGGAAGAGAAGGAGGCCAGCAAGGAGCCAUGGGACAAGAAAGUGUCCAUGAAGUCUUCUGCAAAAGUAAAAGAGAAGAAGAAGGAGCCAGAGGCUGGAGAGGGCUGACAGGGGUAGUGCACUAAGUUCACACAGGAUGCACACAGACACACUCAUAAACAAAACACAAGACACAUCUAAACAGCAUUCACAUACACACACAGGGUCUCAUGCAUAUAAAGACUGUAUAUGUAUAGACAGUGUACAUGUAAACAUAUACACGGUCACAAAUGUUGACACCACACAUACGUUCAUUUACGCAGCCUGAAUAUACAUUUACAGGGCUCCAGACUAAUGAAGUCUCUCAAAUGGUGGAACCACCUCUGUUUUACUUCAUAAUGCAAAAGAAUCUGUAUUUCAUAAAUUAUUUUGAACACCCUUACCGUCCAAUAUGUGUAGCCUGUAUUUAUAAUGACAUUCAGAGAGAGGGAAACUUAUGGAACACAGUAUAUAGGAAAAUCAUUUGUUUGUAAAAUCACAAGUUUGUACCUCUUUUUAUUUUUUUACUGUAGUGUUCUGUAGCCUGACAGCCAACAUGAAGACACUGAUGAUGAUGAUUAGGCUAUUAUAUGUCAGUUGAAGUAUAAACGUAUGACACUGUGCACGUGCUUUGCUGUUUUUGUUCUGAAAAAGAGUUUUGGCUUUUUGGUGUCCUGUGUUGAACUUCAUGCACAGUUCAUCUCUCACUCGCCUGCUGGUCCCAGCUCAUGUUGGGCUAAACUUACUAGCAGCCUACUACUUAAAGAAGGAUUGAUGGUGGGUUUCAGUCGCUACUAACUUCAAACUGGGACUUCACUAGACGUGAACGAUGGGACUUAAGUAUUUGAUCUGCUCAGUCCACACUGACUCAGACCACCCAGCAGUGUCUCUCAUCAGAACAGCCGUUUGACAGCAGGAGGACAGCACACUCUUCACCAGGCUGACUGACAGCAGAAAUGUACUGGACAAAAAAUAGUUUUCAUGUGGGCUCAUCAGCAAGAGACCAGCAGUGUUUAUAUGUUCUGAAUUAUUUAUUGUAUUAAUUUCCUUGUCUUUACUGGGCAGAGUAAAACCAGAAAGCUCACAACGACACCGGGAGCCUGAUCUGCCAGAAGAGUUUCAAGUAAUAAGUUUACAAUAUAUAAGUAGGCUAACAGGUGAUCUACCUGAUUUAAGCAGCUGUCUGUGAUGGUUACACUUCAAAUGCACCAAAGGAAAAAAAUAGACUCAAAGCGUAAAAAAGGGGUCCAGGGAUAUGACGCAUGUGUCUCAGAGUCAGUGUGGAUCAAUAUCGAUAGAUUUGCCUCAUGAGAUGGGUGAGGGACAGACCUGCAGAUAAACGUUGCAAUGACAGUUGCUUGUCUGCUACUUACAGUGAGAGCAUUGUUUGUGCAUAAGCUACUUAUUUUGUCUGGAGCCCUGAUUUACAUGUAAAUGCUGUCAGUCAAGGCUGCAUAUUUCAGUAGCAAAGCAGUUUCCCCCUCGAUGUGUAUGUACAUCGCCUAGUAAAAGCCGAUCCUCUCUCUCACACACACACACACACACACACACACACACACACUGCUGCUGCUGAGCGACACUACCACAGUCAUUUUGGUGAGUGUGUGCGGAAUGACUGUGGUCAGGUCUGAGCCCAUGGCGAGUGAGGACAAAGGCAAAGUCCACCUCCUCCCCUCAGACAUUACGCUGACUCUCUCUUUCCUCCUCGUCUUCUUCGUCUAGCCUCGGCAGCAGUUGAACCCACAGCCCUGUGCCUAUCUAAGCCCAGUCAUGCCCAAACCUCACCCCUGCCCACACACACUUCUGGCUGUGACGUCAGACGUGCCCUCUGCCUCCUUUGUGUGGCACCGGGCCUCGUUGGAGCCUCCCUCGCCUCACUGCUAAGAAUAAACCACCCGCUGCGUCCAGCUGCCCCGCUGCUUCCGGGUAAAUCAAGGCCACAUCCUGCAGCCAGCAGCACCACUCCCUCUCACCUCCUCCAGGCAGUUUUCUUCUUCAAAUCUGGGACAUUCAAGGACAUGCAGCCGCUGACAGACACAUACUUGGUGCUGUGGGCUCGAACCUGAUACUGUUCUUGUAUGGUGGAAAGCAACAGGGUGUUUCUGGAAAAAACAGGUUGGAAGAGCAGCUGCAGGGCAAGUCUAACACCUGAAGCCUGUCCUGCUCAUUCUGUGAAGGGGAGGCUGGAUGAUGCACACGCUCUGCUUCACCUAUGUCAUCUAUAACAUCAGCAGCGUAUUUAACCAGCUCCAUCUGGUCUGAUACGAUAAGUUACUGUGGGGUGAUUGUUAGCAGAGCAGGAGGAAGAACAGAGUCCAUGAGCAGCAAAUAAGCACAUGGGGAUAGGUCGUUUUUUUGUCUGUGCAUGUGGUGAUUUCUGCUCUCAUCCCAGCAACAGUUUUGUUUGUUGUGUUCACAAUUUGAAAUGUUGAAUGGUGAGCUUGUGUUGUAAACAGGUUUGUUAGGGACUGUUUCCUCUGUACAAAGUAGUUCCAAUGGAAACUGUUUACACUGUGUUCUGUGGAUUAUCCAGUUUAUCACAGACACGGGUUGAAGAAAGAUGUUACUGCCUUUGUCAACUGUACUUUGUUCUACUGUUGGGGUGGAGGUGGAAAACUGAGAGACAGAUCCAAACCCAUCUGUGUGGUUAGAUACCAGCAGAGGGCAGUGAGAAAAUAUCCAACAAUAAAAGAAUAGAUAAAAAAAAAAAGGUUUUACUUGCUGAAAAACAGAUCUGGCAUUUACAGAGUUGUGAGUUUCACAUGCAGCUUACAAUGUGGAUUACUAGCUCCUUGGAUGAUUUACAGCAUAAUUCAUAAGUACAAUGUGAUAAAAGAUGGAGUCACAUGAUCUGAGAAAGACAAAAGCCAUUUUGUUACUUACUGAGAUUAAGUCACCAUUACACUUUGGUUCAGACAAAACAAUUACAGUAUAUACUGUAUGUCCUUGGUUGACAGUUUACAAACCAAAUCUUCUGAUACUAGAGAUAUGGAAUUACAGACUUAGAAAAUAUUUUUCUUCCCAUUAUAUGUAAGACACCCCCCCCCCACACACACACACACACACACACUCAAACACAAUUUAGGAACUUUAAACUGUAAUUCUGCCAGACUUGAAGCUUUUAGACUUCCACCAUAGAUGCUGUGCCAGCUGAAGCAAUGACAAUCCCAGCAGCUUUGUACUACAAGUCUGCAUCAUGCCUGUAUGUUCGCCUUCACUUUUAAAUUAAAAAAUGUGGAGCUCUUAGCCCUCCAUUAAACACACGAACUUAAACAGGCAUAGGCUGAUGAGGAGGAUAGUACAGAGUUCACUUCAUGCUACUGUUUCAGAUUACCCUACAUGUUUGUAAUAUAGACUAGGUUUUGCACUAUUGUGUUAGUGGUUCAAAUGAACCAGUCUCCUGUUUCAGCCUGUUUUUAUAGCCACAGUUGAUACUAGCAGGACGUGCCCUGCACUUCAAAUAACCGAUAACUUAAUGUGCAGCCGGAAGAGGAAUCUGGGAGAGA